AAUUAAUAAAUAAGGGGGGGGGGAAGGUUCAGAUUACAAAUAGUCCAUCUCUACCGUACAGUUAACACUGGCGAUCAAGUAAGAAAGCAAAACGAAAAAGGGAUUUAACGAGAGUACUCUCCUUUGACCUUCUAGAAAGUUCUCGAGCAUUCUAGAAGCUUCAGGUUGAUGUGGAAGUCAAGGACUUCCGGUUCAUCCCUUAUAUAAAGGAACACCUUUCUAAAUUCGCGCCUCUCAUAUCUGUUCAUUCUUCAACAUGCAUUGAGUCACGCCAUUCGCUUACACACCAGCUCGCGCGUAUGCUCGCAUCCUUUUGCUUUGGGAUAUGUGGUUGCAAAAGAAUGUAUUCAUGCGAUGUUACAAGCUUUCCUUCAAUUUACCUUAUGUGUUAACGCAUUACCUCCAGUAAUAAAUAUGCUAUGACUUAUUACCAACGUCUCGCAAAUUCUGAUUUUCUUGUCAUUACGUACAAGAUGGUGAGCCCCUCUUUCUCUCAUGUUUAUUAAAUUAUAGGAUGUCACUUAAUUGACAUCACUAUAUAUGGAUAUAUGUACUUGGAAAUGGCUGCGUCGCAUUCAAUUAAAUCGUAAUAAAUAAUACAUGGGUAUAUAUGAUAGAGAGACAGAAAACGGUGAAAGAGGGGUGACGCUUCCAUUUCCCUAGUAAGUAUGUGUGAGUGUGUGAUGCCCAUAUAUAUCAAUUAAAACUUUAUCGUUACACACACACACACACACACACACACACACAUAUAUAUAUAUAUUGGAAGGUUUGGAGAUGAUGUACAGAAAUUAUAUCGAUCGCUUAAAAAAAGCAUUCCUCGAAGAGGACUUACUUUCGGUUCCUACCGUUCCUCAAACGGAUUCAACAACUUCAGCUUCACCCAUCGCAAACACCUCAGAUUCUACACAACCCCGGUACACCAAAUCGGGAAGAACAGUUCGAUGGCGCGCAAGAUUUGUUCAAGUCUUUCGAGAAAAUGAAAUCAACAAAAUUGAAGCUGAAAUUGCAGCAUUGAAGGAGGGAGAGGUCACUGCAGGUGGAAGCAUGGCAUUACCACCAGAAGUAGAAGCACUUAAGUCAGAAAAUGUCAAACUUCAAUACCAACUUGACCAUUUGAAAAGUAGUUUUGCCAAGGAGCAGAUGAAAGAAAACAACCACAUGAUAUGUCUAAAUGUUCUCAUGGAGCAGAUCUUUGCCCUUGCCAUUCAAGAUGCUUAUCCCGAUCUGGGUUCAGAAGCCCCUGUCAUGCUCACUCCUACCAAUAAACCCAACUUUGGGGAUUACCAAUGCAACAGUGCCAUGAGUAUUUGCCAGCUGCUGAAGACUAAAGGUGUGAAGGUUAAUCCAAGGGAAGUGGCCCAAAAAAUCUUGAAGCAUCUCCAGACAACAGAAUAUAUCGAGAAGACGGACAUUGCUGGCCCAGGAUUCAUCAACAUCUUCUUGGCUAAGAAUUAUGUAUCCAAGCAGAUCAGCAAACUUUUAAAGAAUGGAGUCCAGCCACCUUAUAUUGCCAAAAAGUGUCAUGUUGUCAUUGACUUCUCAUCUCCAAAUAUUGCCAAGGAAAUGCAUGUCGGACAUCUCAGGUCUACGAUCAUCGGUGAUGCCAUUGCUACAUUGUUGGAAUGGGUUGGUCACGAUGUCCUACGUUUGAACCAUCUCGGUGACUGGGGCACCCAGUUUGGUAUGCUCAUCGUCCAUCUCCAAGACAAAUUCCCAUCAUUUGAAAAAGAUUCACCACCAAUUUCUGACCUGCAAGCAUUCUACAAGGAAUCUAAAGUGAGGUUUGAUAAAGAACCUGAAUUUAAAAAACGUGCUUAUGAGGCUGUUGUGAAGCUGCAGAGUUAUGACCCGCAUCAUCUUGAAGCAUGGAAGAAAAUCUGUGUCGUUUCUCGCCAAGAAUUUGAGAAAAUCUACUCAGCCCUCAACAUUAAAAUUUUGGACCGUGGAGAAUCUUUCUACCAAGAUAGAAUGGUAAAGCUGGUCUCUGACUUGCAGUCUUCAGAUAAACUUGUGUCUGAAGACGGCAUGAAAGUGAUUUUUACUCCGAAUCAGAAGGUCCCAUUGAUUAUAGUGAAAUCUGAUGGUGGUUUUACCUAUGACACUUCCGACUUAACUGCCAUUAAACAGAGAUUGUUUGAGGAGAAAGGCACUUGGUUGAUUUAUGUCACUGAUGCUGGACAGUCUACUCACUUUUCCACACUCUUUGAAGCAGCUGAGAUGCUGGGAUGGUAUGACAAAUCUGUGGUUCGUUGUCAACAUGUUGGUUUUGGUGUUGUCCUUGGUGAAGACAAGAAGAAAUUCAAGACCAGAUCUGGAGACACGAUACGUCUACUGGACUUACUCAAGGAGGGAGUCCAUCGUGCUGAGUUGAAACUGAAAGAGAAGGGACGUGAUGAGGUCUUAACUCCAGAGGAACUUGAACAAGCAAAGAAGUCCAUUGCCUAUGGCUGUAUCAAGUAUGCAGAUUUAUCUAAAAACUGUACCCAUGACUACGUCUUCUCUUUUGAUCGGAACUAUGUUAUCCAGUUUCUUCCUCGUUUUCGGGCUGCAACAUAUGAAUUUAAGAUAUAUUUUCGUAAUGUUAUUCCUUUGUUGCCCUGCAGGUCAAUUGCUCGUCUAGCCCAAGUUUCCAAAGAGACACUGCAGAAGGAAGCACUCACCUGUUCCAUCGAUUUGAGCCACGAGAAGGAAUGGAAGCUGGCCAAGUGCAUUAUGCGUUUUGCCGAUGUGAUCCAGAAAGUGUUGGGUGACCUCCUCCUCCACUCUGUCUGUGACUAUGUUUAUGAAUUGGCAACAGUCUUCACAGAAUUCUAUGACCAAUGCUACUGUAUCGAGAAAGAUCGCAAUACAGGUGAGAUCAUUAAAGUAAACAUGAGCCGUUUGCUGCUUUGUGAAGCAACAGCCAAUGUCAUUGGUACUAUCUUCUUCAUCCUUGGUAUCCAACCUGUCAACAAAAUGUAGAUGUAAUGGUGACGACCAAAUUAUUUUAUCCUCCAUUUACAUAUAUAUAUAUAUGAUUUUUAUGAAUAAGCUGGAUAAUUUCCAAAUAAUUUCUUUGUGGGGAAAAUAAAUAUAUAUUUACCAG